AUGAAUGCGAGCUCGUCGAAUCAACCAACGACCCAACUCGAGGGUCGACUUCGGCGUCCACCGCCCCGCGUUGCGUCCACGCGAGCGAUCGAUGCGGACGCGCGGGCGAACGGGGACGUAGCGGAGCUCGUCGGAGGGGCGACGUCGCGCGUCGACGGCAGGGGGGCGUUCGUAGGACGUCGGAAAGUGAUUGAGUAUUUGACGCGCGGCGACUCGAGCGGGACGCGGGUGCGCGUUUUGGAGGGUGAUCCAGGGAGUGGGGUUUCGGCGACGUUGGGAGCGGUGAUAAAGGAAUUGCGCGCGACGGCGGAGAUGUUGGUCGAGCGCGCGGAGAUGGAUGGGAACGAAGGGAGGGAGAAGAUGCCGUUCAUCACGCACGCGCGGUUUCGCGGAUGUCGGGCGGGCGAGCGGGAUUUGAGACACGCGUUGUGGGUGAUGUGCGAGAUGAUUCGAAAGGAGUUGGGUGAUAGAGCACAUGCGGGGAUGCCAUCGACAGCGGCGGAGGCUGGGAAGACGUUGUGGGCGCUGGUGGAGGAAUUGUCAGCGACGCGCACGGUGACGGUCGUCGUGGACGAAUUGGACUCAGUGGAAGGUCUGAUGGAUGUUCCGGUGGAGGAUUGGUUACCGUCGUCGAUACCGGUUGAUGUGACCGUGAUUAUCGGGGCAAAGACGAAAGGGGUCGCGGUGGACUACUUAGCGAGCGCGGGAGAGCGAGCGGCCACGCUUACAAGGAAGCGGUUGCCACCGCUCAGCAUGCACGAGCGCGUCGAGCUCUCUCGAGCGCUCUUCGAGACACCGGACGAGCGCGAGAUAACGAGUGAGGUAUUCGAACAAGUCGGCAAUAAUAUAGACGCGAGCUCGCCGACGUAUCUAUACCUCGCUGCGCACGAAUUGAGGCGAAGGGUGCGCGCGAUGAGUCGGAGAGCGGACGUACCACUCGACGUUGCGCACGAGAUGCGCCAGUUGCCAGAGACGCUUGAGCAACUCCUCGCGUACGUCUUUGAUGGUUUGGAGAAUCAUCACGGUGCGGAGCCGGUACGUCAGCUCAUAACGCUUCUUUUGUCAUCCCGCGCUGGACUUUUACCGGACGAAAUUUCCGACAUGAUGAGGAUCGCGAAGGCAUCUGUGUCAUUCCUAGCGCUCACCGAGGACAUCGCCCACAUGUGCUGGUUCUACGAGGAAGAGACGCGCUCGGCCGCCGUGCCAACGAAUAUAAUUGUGCUCCGUCACUCGCCCGUCAUCAAUUACUGUCGGCGACGAUACUUGGCCCGAGACGGUGCGACGGCAACACAUCGCGAGGCGACGCAGUACUUUCUGCAAAAACUUGCCGAGUCCUCAGGUGGCAAUUACGAUUCGCGAGUACUACUGGAGGUGCUGCAUAACGUCCGGAUCGGCGCGUUUCCAACCGCAUGGGACCAAUUGGUUUCGUAUGUCACGGAUCCGGAGAUAAUUCAUUACUUGUGGCAACAAAAAUAUGUGAGCGAUUUGCACGAGACUUGGCAAUGCGCUAUGAAACCGAAGGAGGGCUACGUUGGGAGAGAACCGAUUGAAUUAAUACUUUCACGUCUUGGCUCGUUGAACGUACGCACGGCGGAUAUGUGUGCGGCGUCGAUCGUCGACUUCUUGGCCUGGAUCGGCGCGGACACGCACGUCGUUUCGGUAUGCAAAGUCGUCUGCAAUCGCGACACAAUUCAGCAACACAUUGUCGCAGAGUUGAACAUGAAAUACGCGCGCGCUCUUCGUCGACUUGGAAAUUGGGAAGAGGCUCUGGACAAACUGAAAAUCGCAUACACGUAUGAAUCGUCGAAUUUUAACGGUAAUACGCCGCUCGGGGCGAUUAUCAAGAGUGAAGAGAGCCUGUGCCUGGCGCGCACAAGGAGUGAUGAAAUCACGUUUGACAAUCACGAGCUUUUUGGAAUGAGAACCGCUGUCGAAGAAGCCAUUCGCGUCGCCAUCGAUUCUGCGGAGUCAAGCCUGAGUUCGUGGCACUUGUGCAUGAAGGAUCGAAGUGUGAGAGAUGUGCUGAAUCGGGUCGAGACGGUCAACAUGAACGUCGCAACAUUGUACGGUCUCAUGGGUUCCCGGGAAAAGGAAAUCAAAACUCACGAAGAGAUUAUUGCGCGCCUCGAAAAGACGCUCGGCACAGAUCAUAUCGUUGUGCAUUCUCAAACGAAGCGGCUCUCGACCGUUUACGCGAGACAUGGAGAAUGGGAAAAGGCGGAGUUGUGUAUUGAACAGGCGCUGAAUUACAGCAUCGAGAUGUAUCCUGAGAGUUCACUUGAGCUACUGGAAAAUCUUCAAUCUCUCGCGAACCUGUACGAAAAGAAGGGCGACUUAAACAGCGCAAGUGAAGUUUUCCAUGAGUUGAUCAAAGAUGUAGAGGAAGUAACUGAUGCAAACAACAAACCUGUGUUCAACGAGCUGCUCGCAAAUGUUGCAGGGGAUUACGCGCGCAUUCUUCGUAAAUUGAAAAAGAAGGAAGAAGCGAAGAAUAUGUACAUUAGAGCCCUCGACGUGACGAGAGCGCGGUUUGGGGAAUUGUACCACGGUACGGCUGAUCGUUUGGGCGAACUAGCGUCGAUGCACUUAGAGCUCGGUGACGUAGAUCAAGCGAUGGAGCUUUAUAUGCUUGCACUCGAAUUGGACACACGUCUGCUUGGUGAGAAUCACCCAAGUUUGAUCGUUCGCGAGAUCGACCUUGCGAGUGUGUUCAAGGCGAGAGGCGAUAUGAAAGAAACGCUGAGACGUUACGCAGCUGCAGAGUCAGUAUUGAGGGCGACGAACGAAGAAGACUUUCCAGAGCUGGCCGCUGGCCUUAACAUGGUGGCUGAUUUGUACACAUCGCACGACCAGUGGCAGCGAGCGGAACCGCUCUAUGUUCGUGCCGUGAGCGUCGCAGAGAACAGUUUCGUCGCGAGCAAUAACUUGGAUGUGUACUUGACAAAUUUAGCGCGGUGCUACAAGGUACAAGGCCGUCUUCAGAAGGCGAGGACAUAUUUUGAGAACGCGCUUAAAGCCGCCGAGGCGAAGCAUCGUUCUGACACUUUGGAAAUCGCAACGUUGUUAGUCGAUUUAGGCGAGGUGCUAAUGGCCUUACAACUCUGGAGUGACGCAUUACCGUAUUUCGCACGAGCCAAGCCGAUACGAAUCACAAAGCUGGGGCCAGAGCACCUGGACACGCUUUUGGUGAUUGACGCGCUCAAUACCAUCAUGGAACAACUUGAAAAGGCGGAGAAAUCCAAGGGCAAAGUCAAAAUUAAGGCUGCAAAUUUCGAAGUCCUCGAAGUCCCAGCAAAGUACCCCGAAGAUGAGAGGCCGAGAGUGAAUGACGAGACGCGUAAGGCCGACGAUAAGAAAGAGAAGACUAAACGACAACGACCAGUCUCCGAGAGUCCGGCGCAAAUGGCAUUGAAUAGACUCGAAGAGCUGACGAAGAUGCCAGACAAGGAUCCAGUGAAGGUGAUCGCACCAGCCGUAGCUAAAGAAAACGUUGUCGUCCGAGAAACGGUGCCAGAGCAAUAUAUCCGCGCUGAGAAGCCGUCGGUACCAGAGCAAACUGUCCAUGCGAACAAGCCGUCACAGUCCAUCGAGAAACAGGCACAGAAACUCAAACUUGGUGACGUGAGCGGAUUUCUGACCGAAUAUGUUGAGUACGUGGGACACCGUGAGUACAUGUUUAAGCUGGACGGCAAAGUGUUUCCGACGUUUGCUCUCGUCAGAGAACAUGUCGAGGAAAAUUUUGCUGACGAGUGCAGACUUUGGACUCGAGGCAAGUUUGUGCCAACGCCUUUUGCGACGCCAGUUGCCGUCGUCAAGGCGGUGAAACCAUCGCAGAGGGAAUAUUUCGACGCAUUGCGUGCACACGCCUCUGAGGCGAAGCUGCUGCAGCAGAAAGGGACGGCAGCGGAACAAACUCAAGUACUGCCACGUGUGCAGGAAGCUUCCAUCGGGACGACACCUCGUGUAUAUUCGAAGCCGACGGUCGUCGAGUCACCUCAGUCCGAAAGCUUCGAUGCACUGUCUCUGGAUAUGACGCAGCAGCAGGAGCACACGCCACAGUCCAAGAUGCAAGAUCAACAAGUUGUCGCUGCGAACGGGCUCGUCACCAUGCCGCUCAGAGAGCGUGAUUACAUGGUGACGAAAAUAGACUCCCUCGAGAGCGAGCUUGCGAGCAUGAGGGAAAUGAUGCAGCGCGUCUUACAUGAGCGCGAUCUCGCAUCGCGCUUCGAUUUGUCGGCGCCGAGUCAUGGCUCUGGGUACUUUGAUAGACCAGCGUCGCAGUCAAUGAACGGCACGGGAUACGCCGUCGCCCCAUCGUAUCCGUUCACCAGCUACGUGGACUCACAAUCUGCGCCAGUAUCCCGCGACCCGGUACCUUCGUGGCCAUCCAGGAGUUUCGGACUCGAACACUUUCCUCGGUCGAAAACAUCUUCAACAAGACCACGGAGUGAAGCACAUCCGAAGAUGAGACUUGUUCGCCUCGGCGACGGGGAUCGCCCUCGUCCUUCAAUGCGUAUCGACGCACCACGUCGUGGUACUUUAGUGCAUGUUUCGGAUGAUUCCAUCUUAGAAAAGUACUUGCGCGCGCACUCGGAGGAGAUCGCGCCGAGGACGUUCCGAUGCGCGAUUGACGGCGUCGUCGUGUCUUCGGAGACUCUCUUACGCGCACACUUCGAGCGCGCGCACGCCCAGGACGCCGAAGCGUACGAUAGACGUCAUCAACACGAACAUGCAGCGUGA